AUUGACAAACAGUGCGGCCUCGGCGGCGACUCUCAGCGUGAAUUUCUAGCCAAGCUAUGGGAGACAAGAAGAGCCCCACCAGGCCGAAGCGGCAGCCGAAGCCGUCCUCUGAUGAGGGUUACUGGGACUGUAGCGUCUGCACCUUCCGGAACAGCGCCGAGGCCUUCAAGUGCAUGAUGUGCGAUGUGCGGAAGGGCACUUCCACACGAUCCACAUUCUUUGAAGUUAUUGUGAAUGCCUCGAGGACCAGGGAACGGUUGAAAUUUCCAAUUUCAGGAAGGAAACCUCGACCUGUCUCCCAGUUGGUUGCACAGCAGGUUACUCAGCAGUUUGUGCCCCCUACACAGUCAAAGAAAGAGAAAAAAGAUAAAGUAGAAAAAGAAAAAAGUGAAAAGGAAACAACUAGCAAAAAGAACAGUCAUAAGAAAACCAGGCCAAGAUUGAAAAAUGUGGAUCGGAGUAGUGCUCAGCAUUUGGAAGUUACCGUUGGAGAUCUAACAGUCAUUAUUACAGACUUUAAGGAGAAAACAAAGUCACCACCUGCGUCUAGUGCUGCUUCUGCAGAUCAACAUAGUCAGAGUGGUUCUAGCUCUGAUAACACAGAGAGAGGAAUGUCCAGGUCAUCUUCACCCAGAGGAGAAGCCUCAUCAUUGAAUGGAGAAUCUCAUUAAGUUUAUUUUCUCCAGUUUCUUAGUCACUUCUAUCAUACCAUGCAAAUACACAUACACAGAUUAUGCCAAGAAGUACCACAUUUUCAUGACAAACAUGUUUAUGCACAGUCCGUAAUUUGAGUUUUACAUAAAGUAGAAAUUUAUUAGAAUUUGUUAGAUUUUAUUGCAAUCUAUGCCUACCAAACAUUUCCAGACUUAACAUUUUGGUCUCUACAGUUAAAAAUGCCAUGAAAAUGUGGUUGAAUUAUUCAUUAUGCAGUGUUAUUGGUAAGUCUAUUUUCACUUUUAGUUUAGUGAAUUCUAACACAUAAUUCUUGAAUUCUCUACUAUUGGCAUGUAACGAAUUUAAAUUUUUAUAACAUAGUUCAAGCUGCCUAAAUAUGUAUUAUUUGAGAUUGUGAAACAAAUAGCUAUAUGUAUACAAGUCAAAGAUCAACUUAAUCAACUAUUGCUGCAGUAGGAUUUUUUCUUAAUGGUUAUCCUCUUAAAUGCACCUGCUGGUACUUGGUGUGGUUAAAUAGGAAAGUUGUUAUUAAAUAAAGAAUUUGUAUGAACCUUUGCCAAUGUUUUUGACACGUUUUACUAAAUUAUUGUUUCUGGUUUUGUUUGCUUUUUUUUCUUAUUUUUGAAGACAUUUAUUGUAAUGUUUACUAGCAGUCUAGUAAGCAAUAAAACAUUGAUUAUUUAGCUUUAUAAUUCAGGUUUAGUGUUAUUGUCAUUGAACACUGGUAUUUUCUGUAUUAUAUAAAACAUUAAAACGCAAAUAAUUGUAAGCAUUUAGCAAAAAGAGAAAAGAUAACUACCAUAUUUUAAAAGCUGCAAUUUUGAAAAAGCUUUAAUUUAAUGAUAGUUUUAUCACUGUUUUCUUUCCCCUCAAAUUAUCUAGGGUCAUAGAGGUAUGAAUCUAAUUAAUACAGAAAUGAGAGAUGUUGCACAGAACUGGGAAAUAACUAAUUUAAAAUAAGUUAAAUUGGCCUCUUGUUAACAAUUGUUAUGAAAAUCAUAGUGCCCUGUUCUCAGACAUAACUGUCAGUUUAUGCAUUUAUCAGUAUCCUGAUAUAAAAGUAUUUACAGCCCCAGUCACUAUUAUGUAAAAUUACCAAUAAAAUAUUUUUAUGACUACAGAUUUUGCAUUUUUGUUUACAACUAAUAAGCAUUCUGUGUUGUACUGAAAAAUCCAAACUAGAAACCACACAGUACUUCCUUAAAUUCUCUUAGGGUCUCCUGCUUUCUCUUAACCACUUGCUUAAUAUAUAUCCACCUGUAGGAGACUUACGAAAUGUUAAUUAAGUUAAAAACAUAACCUGAAUACAAAAUAUCACAUAAAAGACAUCAUUAUCACGUUUAAAGAAAAAAACUGUAGACCCUGACAGUUGUGAUAACUUAGUGGUUUCUCGUGGUAAUGUAAUUUUCUGUUUAAUUGCAGUACUUUUUACAGGCACAGUGGUACUGUCUUUUUGUAAGAUGCUAGUUGUGAAAUACAGUUAAUUGCAUACAGUAAAAGUCUGUGAUUAAAACAUUUAUAUACCUCA